AUGGAUUAUGUUAUUGCUUUCACUGCUCCUAUAUAUGAUAUGAUUCGACUCACCGAUACCGACAAGCCUAGCCUUCAUUUGGUAUAUGAUAUGUGGGAUACAAUGAUUAAGAAGGUGAAGGUUGUUAUUUAUAGACAUGAGAGCAAAAGAGAAAAUGAUCCCUCCUCAUUUUAUAAUGUCGUACACAAGAUCUUGGAGGAUAGAUGGAAUAAGAGCAACACUCCACUUGAGUGCUUGGCGCACUCUUUGAAUCCAAGAUAUUAUCACGAGACAUGGCUCAAUGAGAAUAUCCAUCGGCAAGCACCCCAUCAGGAUGAGGAGAUCUCUUCGGAAAGGUCCAAGUGUCUGAGGAGAUAUUAUCCUAAUGCCGAUGAACGGAGGACGGUUAACUUGGAAUUUGCUAGAUUCUCGGCUGCUCUUGACACUUUUAGGGAUCCAGAUUCUCUUACCGAUAGAGGAUUGAUGGAUCCAAAAUCAUGGUGGGUGCUCUAUGGAUCCUCAACUCCAAAUCUUCAAGCAUUGGCCUUAAAGCUUCUAGGCCAACCCUGCUCAUCCUCUUGCUGCGAAAGGAAUUGGAGUACAUACUCAUUCAUUCACUCUUUGAAGAGGAACAAGAUGACACUGUUAAGGGCAGAAGAUCUUGUGUAUGUGCAUAGCAAUCUUCGUUUUCUUUCUCGGCCAUCCCAAGAAUAUCAAGACGGAGAAUCGAAGCUGUGGGAUAUUGGUGGAGAUGCAUUCGACUCAUUUCAGGGUGCCGGUAUUCUUGAUGUCGCCACCUUGUCUCUUGAUGAACCCACCAUGGAGGCUGUAUUGUUUGCUGAUGAUGAAGGCAAUGAAGAAGUCAUCAGACUAGCUUCCACUUGA